CAUUGUUGACGGCGCGUUGCUCUCCUCCCUACGCGCUUCAGAUCCUAAACACCAUGAAGCAGAGAGCCCGUUUAGUUUUGCUGCUAAUGUUAAUAACUUUUGAGUUUAAUUCUGCUGUAAUUUACGUCCUUGAUGAUAAAAACGGGCUGGGACGAGUGUUUGACGGGAUCGGAGGAAUUAGCGGUGGAGGGGCAACCACUCGUUUACUUGUAAAUUAUGAUGAGCCGUAUCGCAGCCAGAUUUUAGACUAUUUGUUUAAGCCCAACUUUGGCGCGUCAUUGCACAUACUAAAGGUCGAGAUUGGAGGAGAUGCCCAAACUACUGACGGAACAGAGCCUUCACACAUGCACUAUGAGGACGAUGAGAACUACUACAGAGGAUACGAGUGGUGGCUCAUGAAAGAAGCAAAGAAGAGAAACCCCAAUAUCACACUCAUUGGUUUGCCUUGGGCCUUUCCAGGGUGGGUCGGCCAUGGUAAAAACUGGCCAUACGAUUUCCCAGACAUCACAGCUUCGUAUGUGGUUAAGUGGAUCCUCGGAGCAAAGCAGUACCAUGACCUGGAAAUUCAGUAUAUUGGGAUUUGGAAUGAGCGGAGUUUUGACAGCAAAUACAUAAAGCUGCUUCGUUACACUCUGGAUAAACAGGGUCUGGAGCAUGUGCGGAUCGUUGCUAGUGACAACCAGUGGGAGCCCAUAGCCCUGAAUGUGCUAAAGGACCCCGAACUCAGCGCAGCCGUAGAUGUGAUAGGGGCGCACUAUCCGGGCACCAACACAGUCCUGGACGCUCUGAAGACACAGAAGCAGCUGUGGUCUUCAGAGGAUUACAGCACUUUUAAUGACGAGGUGGGAGGAGGCUGUUGGGCUCGCAUCCUCAACCAGAACUAUGUGAAUGGCCUUAUGACGGCAACCAUUUCAUGGAAUCUAAUCGCGAGUUACUAUGACGAUCUCCCUUUUGGUCGAGAUGGGCUGAUGACGGCCGAGGAGCCCUGGAGCAACAACUACGUAGUGGAGGCUCCAAUAUGGAUCACAGCCCACACCACACAGUUCACUCAGCCUGGAUGGACCUACCUACAGACUGUGGGGCAUUUAGUACAAGGUGGAAGUUAUGUAGCUCUCACUGAUAGAAAAGGGAAUCUCACAGUUGUUAUAGAGACAAUGACUCAUGAUCACUCCAUUUGUAUAAGACCUCCACUUCUUCCUUUUAACGUCACGGCCCAGAAUGCAACUUUUCAUCUGAAGGGGUCAUUUGCAUCCAUCAAGGAGCUACAAGUUUGGCGAUCGCAAAUUACAUCAGAAACCAAAAUGACCUCUUAUUUUUGUAGACUUUGGAUGGAACGUUCUCUGGAGUUACAAGAAGACGAAGUUUACACUCUAACGACUAUAACAACAGGGGUGAAAGGCAGCCACCCUGAUCCACCCCCAUCUGCACCAUUUCCCAAAGUUUACAAAGACGAUUUUGACAGCAAAGAUCCUCCUUUCUCUGAAGCUCCGAACUUUGCUGACCAGACUGGAGUUUUUGAAUACUACAAAAACCUGACAGACCGUGGACCCCAUGUUUAUACUCUGAGACAAAUUCUUACUCAGACGCCGAUCACAUGGGCCACAGAUGCAGAUCAGACCAUCAGUGUCAUAGGAGACUAUCACUGGCAGAAUCUGACCAUCUCAUGUGAUGUCUUUAUGGAGAAGGUGAAGACUGGUGGGGUCUUCAUAGCAGCCAGAGUGGACAAAGGAGGCCAGUCCAUCCGCAGCGCCAGAGGGGUCUUCUACUGGGUCUAUGCAGAUGGGACAUACAAAGUGACCAGUGACCUGGCUGGAGAGUUUGUGCUGGCUGAAGGGCUGUCUGGUACACGCGCGUAUGGCUGGUACACAUUGACACUCAAAGUUCAAGGUCAGUUUGCAUAUGGAUUGCUGAAUGGAUACACCCUGUGGAAGAAUGCUGUGGUACUCACUCCCAAAAAUGGCUGGGCGGCCAUUGGGACAAGCUCCUAUGAACUGGCUCAGUUUGAUAACUUUGCAGUGGAAGCAGAGUAACAGCACAAACUGCCUGUGCCUUUUUAAGUGAAUGACACUAUGUUUGAGAAUGAUACUUGACUUGAUUCAUAUUUUGAUGUUGAUUAGAUUUUUAUUUGAUUUUAUAAAUUUGAAUUUUGUUGUAAUAAAUUAUUUUUGCAAUUA